CGGGAGUUUCUGAGGUUCAAGAUCUCUAUGCCCUAACCUGCCAACUUGGACCAGAGACCCUGCAUUUGACACCAUGGACCCAUCAGACCGCGAGGACACCAUGGACCCAUCAGACCGCGAGGACACCCCAGCGAGCAGAAACUUCAUCGAGGAAGUCAAGGAGUAUCUGCAGCACACGUUGAGCAGGGCAGACCUGAGGCUGCUGCUGACUGAAGACGGAGCCUGGGAGGCCUUCGUGGCUGAGGCUGAGCUGUCCAGAGCUGAUGAAGGUAAAUUACGGGACGCCCUCAAUUCACUCACAGAAAACAUGGCUGUGGAAGACCAGGAUAGGCUCCAACGUGACCUGCGGGACACGGAGAGGUUUAUGGAUGUGUUUCCUCAGGUGAAAAUGGAGCUGGAGGCCCACAUCAGGAAGCUCCGUGCCCUUGCAGACAAGGUUGACAAGAUUCACAAAGACUGUACCAUCUCCAAGGUGGUGGCCGGCUCCACCAGUGCUGUGUCUGGGGUCCUGACCCUCCUUGGCCUCACCCUGGUACCCGUGACAGCUGGGGUCAGUCUGGUGCUCUUGGCAACAGGGAUGGGACUGGGAGCAGCAGCAGCUGUGACUAGUGUCUCUACUUGCAUUGUGGACUCUGUGAAUGAGUCAUCAGCCAAAACGGAAGCCAGCCACCUAGUGUCAACCAGCAUGGCCAAAGUGAAGAUGGUUGCAGGGGCCGUGGCUCACUCAGGAUCCCAAAUCUAUUCCUUGUCUGAGAACUGCUACCGAGUCCUGCGAUGCAUUGAGCAGAGCAUCUAUGCCAUCAAGCUCACCAAAGCCAACCCCGCCUUAGCAGCCAGUGCCAAACGCCUCAUGACCAUGGGGAGCAUCUCUGCCCAAAGCAGCAAGCAGGUGAAGAAAGGCUUUCAGGGCACCACCCUGGCAAUGAGCAGAAGAACCUGGAUCAUGGGUAUAGCCAUUGCAGGUGUGUCCCUCAUUUCAGAUGUGAUCAACCUUGUAAACGAGUCCAAGCAUCUGCACAAGAGGGCCAAAGCAAAGUCUGCUGAGGAGCUGAGGCAGCAGGCUCAGGAGCUGGAGGAGAAGUUGCAAGUGCUCAUCCAGAUCCACGACAGUUUGCAGUCAGGCUCAGCUCAGUAACACCCUUCCUUUCCCGGAGUAGUGUAGAAGUCCAGGGAGGUGUUUGGAUAGAGACAGAGGCAUUUUGCGAAAGGGGGUUAAGUCCAUGGUGUUCAGGACUUAGGCAUUUCUUCUUUCCAAAAACUUUGUUGUGGUUUUAUUUAUAUGUGUAUGUGUGUAUCUGAGCAUCU